AUGUCCAGCGUGACCCUCCACGUGUACGACCUGAGCCACGGCAUGGCACGGCAGCUAUCGCCCGCGCUGCUGGGCAAAGUCAUCGACGGCGUGUGGCACACGGGCGUGCUGGUGUUCGGCAAAGAGUACUUCUUCGGCGGCGGCGGCAUCCAGGCCAUGGCGCCCGAGCUGGUGGUGCAGCGCUACGGCAUGAAUCCCAUACGCACCGUCGCUCUGGGCGAGACGAGUCGCUCACUGCAGGAACUGGAGCAGUUCCUGCGCGACAACAGCGCGCGCUUCACGGACGCCACGUACGACCUGCUGCGCCACAAUUGCAACAACUUCUCGGACGAGGUGUCCAAGUUCCUCGUGGGCUCGGGCAUCCCGCAGUACAUCCUCGACCUGCCGAACGAGGCGCUCAACUCGCCGUUUGGUGCCAUGUUGAGGCCUAUGUUGGAGAACAUGAACAACCAGAUGCAUGCUGCGCCUGGCGACCAGCUCUUCUCGAUCCCGUUCAACGACCCGUCACGCGCCAACCUCGCUGUGCCCGCAGCAUCUCCCACUUCCACUGCGCCUACCGCUGCGUCUAGCAACUCGGUGAAUCUUGCGUCGCGGCGGUUUAAAAUCUCUGGAACGCCGGCGCUUCACUUGGACAAGAUGGUUAAGCGUGUCAAGGCACUCAACACACAGAGCCUGCUGUCUGAUGACGAGGUGUCCGCGCUUGAAGCUCUGUCGGCACACGUUGCAGCAGGCAACCAGGAAGUUGACUCGACCCAGAGUGAGCAGUGGUGGAAGAUCGUCAAGAAACUGCUGGCCGAGGGACACGAGUCCUCGUUCUUCUUCGCGGCCUUAGGUUUGUCACGGGUGCUGCUGCUUCAGCCAGCGAACGCGUCCGUGGCUACCGAAGAGAAGAAGCCGUGUUUUGAGGCCGUCGUGCAUGUUACGGAGGCUGAGCCUUCGCCACUGACGGCAGCGCAGAAGACGCUGCUGCUUGCUGUGCUUCUGAACGCCUUCGCCAACCCGGGUUUCAGCGACCUGGCGCUCUCCGGUUCGACUCGAUUCCUGCCGUUCGUGUUUGCCACUAUCACCGACCCGUCCACCAGCCAAGAAGCUCGCGUGCUGAGCUCUCACAUCAUCAGCAACUGCUGCUUGGCGCUCGAGAUCGGAGAGGAGGUGGUGGUCACCACCAUCGUCUGCGGCGCAGUGGAAACCCUGGACCGCCUCUCCAGAGCGCAGACUUCCUCUUCCGUGCAGCACCAGACGAUCGAGGGCAUUAUCGUCGGCCUCGGCCGUCUGCUGAACAACUUCGAGGCUGCUCGUAGCCUGUCGGUUGAAUUGGGACUCGCUGAGGUCAUUCGUCGCUUGAACACGACACCUGGACUCAACGCCAUCCAGCCGCUGCUCUCGGAAGUCAGCGCAAUGAUUUAG